GUUAUAGUAUUAUACUGAUCAAAACCAAACCAGCCGGGACAAGAAGCUACCUUUAUAGUAUUAUGCAAUGAUUAAUUCAAAAGCCAAAGUUUUGAAAGCCUCAAGGCUUUCACUCCUUUAAUAAGGAGUACUACUUUCAUAUGUUAGAAUGCUCAAAUGCUGGCAUUUUUAACACUUUUAAUGCUUCCAAGUUGUUCAAUUCCUUCUUAAUAAAAAGACUAUGAUUCAUCGUGUUCCAUUGAUAUAUGAACUGAUAGUGGUGCUUGAACCAUGAAGGCUUUAACAAGGGAAAGUUUUCAUUUAUUCUUGCUCCUGUGUUUGUAUUCCAUCCAAAGAUGCUUUGGUGCUACAGAUACCAUAACUAUAACCCGUUUUCUGAAAGAUGGUGAUGCCCAUAUUACUUCACUUGGUGAAAACUUUGAAAUGGGGUUCUUCAGUCCGGGUAACUCUAAGCUUCGCUUUGUGGGUAUGUGGUACAAGAACAUCUCUGUCAGGACUGUGGUGUGGGUUGCCAACAGAGAAGCUCCUCUGACAAAUGGAACAGGGGUCUUGAAAAUAAUCAAGCCAGGACUUCUUGUUCUUCUCAAUGGCACUGACAGCGUUGUAUGGUCAACUAAUACCUCUACAUCUGUGCAGAAUCCCAUUUCGCAGUUGCUGGAUUCAGGGAAUCUUGUUGUGAAACAAGCUGGUGAUGUGAGUUUCCCCUGGCAGAGCUUUGAUCACCCAACUGAUACACUAUUACUAGGAAUGAAGAUGGGUUGGAACUUUGAAACUGGCAGAGAGGUGUACUUGUCAUCAUGGAAGAACGAGGACGAUCCAGCUCCCGGGGAUUUUACAUAUCACUGUGAUCCUUCUGGUUAUCCACAGAACAUCCUGAAGAAGGGCUCAGAUGUUGUGUAUCGCUCUGGACCGUGGAAUGGUCUUCGUUUUAGUGGGGCAAUAAGCUCAAGAGACAGUCAUUUCUAUACAUUUGGAAUUUUCUCAAGUAAGACAGAGGUGUACUUUGGAUAUAACCUCACAUCUUCAGUUAUCACAAGGUUGAUACUAAAUCAGAAUGGUGCAUUACAGCGCUGGACUUGGGGUGACCAUAUACAUGACUGGAUCCCUUACCUCUCAAUACCCACAGAUAACUGUGAUGUUUACAAACUGUGUGGCGCAUAUGGUAGCUGCAAUAGUCAAAAUUCUCCUGUAUGUGGAUGCUUAGACAAAUUUGUGCCAAAACAUUAUGAAGAUUGGCAGAAAGCAGACUGGUCAGGUGGCUGUGUUCGGAGGACUCAAUUAAACUGCCUCCAAGGAGAUGUAUUUUUGAAGUAUCCACAUAUCAAAUUGCCUGACACACAGAAUUCCUGGUCCAAUGUGACUAUGACACUAGAAGAAUGCAAGAAUAUAUGCUUUAGAAAUUGCUCUUGUAUGGCUUACUCGAAUCUUGACAUACGCAAUGGAGGAAGUGGAUGCUUAUUGUGGUUCGAUGAUCUGCUUGACAUCCGACAGCUAUCCAAAGAAGGGCAAGAUAUCUAUAUAAGAACAGCUGCCUCUGAAUUAGAUAGUCUGGAGAAAUCAGAUGGAAAGAGAGGGAAAAUACUCUUCUGGAUUGUGCCACUAUCAGUUGGUGUGAUUCUGAUAAUCCUUAGCUUGGUGAUUUGCCACAGAAGAAGGAAGAAAGCUUUAAAGCUCAAAAAGAAAGGAAAAUGGGGAUACAGCGGCAAUCUCAAGAUGGAUUAUAACAGUGGUAGUUGCACUGAAGAAUUUGAGAUACCACUGUUUGACUUAUCCACCAUAACUAAGGCUACCAAUAACUUUUCAAUUAAUAGAAAGAUUGGAGAGGGGGGAUUUGGUCCUGUUUACAAGGGAAUACUUGAACACGGACAGGAAGUAGCUAUCAAGCGGCUGUCUAAAACUUCGAAGCAAGGAGAGGACGAGUUCAAGAAUGAAGUGGUAUGUAUUGCCAAACUUCAGCAUAGAAAUCUUGUGAAGAUUCUUGGAUGCUGUACUGAAGGGGAAGAAAAAAUGUUGAUCUAUGAGUUCUUGCCAAACGGAAGUCUUGAUUCAUUCAUAUUUGAUGACAAACAAAGCCGUGCAUUAGACUGGCCUAAGCGCUUUCACAUCAUCAAUGGGAUUGCUCGUGGACUUGUGUAUCUGCAUCAAGAUUCUCAAUUGAGGAUAAUUCAUAGAGACCUGAAAGCUAAUAACAUCUUGCUAGACAGUGACAUGAAUCCAAAGAUAUCAGACUUCGGUAUAGCAAGAAGUUAUGAAGAGGUGGAGGAUGAAGCCAUGACAAACCGAGUUAUGGGAACAUAUGGGUACCUCUCACCAGAAUAUGCGUUGUACGGGCUAUACUCAGUAAAAUCAGAUGUCUUUAGUUUUGGUACCUUAGUACUGGAAAUUGUGAGUGGGAAAAGCAACAGAAGAUUCUGUCCUCCAGGCCAUAACCUUGAUUUACUUGGACAUGCAUGGGAACUCUACAAAGAAGGAAGGUCAAUAGAACUACUUGACAAACGCCUAGGUGAUUCGUGUUCUACACCUCAUGAAGUGGUAUGAUCAAUCUGUGUUGGUCUAUUAUGUGUCCAACAACGUCCAGAUGAUAGUCCAAGUAUGUCUUCAGUGGUUCUAAUGUUAAACAAUGAAGGUCCGCUACCUCAGGCUAAACAACCAGCUUUUUACACAGAAGGAAAUGCACUGGAUGUUGAAUAAUUUUCUAGCACAUACUACAACGGAUGAGAUCCCGUCAGAAUAUAGAUGACAGGCAGAGAAAUCUGGUUCGCUUGUUUGAAACAAAUGCUUUUGUAGCAUAAUGUGGCUAAGCUUGCAUUGUUAAAUAUUAGAGUUAACCCUUCUUCUCAAAUGUAUAUUUGACAUUUUAUCCCAUACAUAACAUCUCUUUCUUUUUUUUUUGUUGGGGUAAACAUUAAACUAAUGAGCUCUUUAUAUUAGGGAAUAUGCUGAACUUUGAGCAA